AUGGCUACCCCCAUGCACCGGCUGAUCGCUCGCAGGCAGGCAGAAGCAAAUAAGCAGAAUGUACGUUGUCAGAAGUGCCUAGAGCUUGGCCAUUGGAGCUAUGAAUGUACUGGGAAAAGAAAAUAUCUGUACAGGCCCUCCAGAACAGCUGAUCUAAAGAGAACCUUGAAGGAAAAAGAAGCCAGGAUGCUUUUAGGUCAAAGUAGCAGCAACAAUAUAUCAGAAGCAAAGCUAAAGAAGAAAAGGCCUAAAAGUGUAACAAGCUCCAGUAGUGAAAGCUCAAGCAGCAACAGCUCAGACAGUGACCCCUCCUCAGACAGUGAGGAUACCUCCAGCUCUUCUUCAUCCUCCGAGGACAGCUCUUCCAGUUCCUCCUCUUCAUCAGAGGACAGCUUCUCCGAGUCUGAGUCAGAGUCUGAAUCAGAGUCAGAAACUAGCAGUAGCAGUGAUACAAGCUCCAGUAGCAGCAGUGAAGAAGACAGUAGCUCAGAUGAGGAGCCACUUAGGAAGAAAAGAAAGCGUUAG